UAUUAAUGGAGUUUCCUUUUUUUAUGUCAUUAGAAAUUUUUCAUUGACAACUUUGCUCUCCUCCACUCUUCCCCGCUUCUCGCCAGCGAAAGCCAUCAAAAUACAGGUAGCCAUUGCAAAAAAAUACAGAGGGCUUGCAAUCUAAAUGCACGACCGGUGCAAAGCUGCUAGUUUCCAUCUUCAGCAGCUGUCCGAUAACGAACACUUCCAAAAGGGAUAGCAGAAUUGCAGUGGAUCCGGCCAGAUCCGCAUGUCCGUGGAUCCGAAUAUGGAUUUGCUGCAGGAGUCUGGCUGGGAAGAGCUCCGCUCUGAGGCCCGCAAGAUAGAAAGCGAUAUCGAUGUCAAGCUCUCUUCUUACGCUAAGCUCGGCUCUCGCUUCACCCAAGGAGGUUAUGUUGAUACUGGAUCACCCACUCUUGGGUCCAGCCGAUCAUGGAAGUCCACUGAAAUGGAAAUCCAGUCAUCACUUGAAAAGCUAUUGGAUAUAAAUGAUGCAAUGAGCAGAUGUGCAACAUCCGCUGCACCAACUACUUCAGUUACCCAGAAGUUGGCAAGGCACAGGGACAUACUGCAUGACUUCACCCAGGAAUUUAGGCGUAUUAAAGGGAAUAUACACUCAAUGAGGGAGCAUGCAGAACUUCUUAGUUCUGUAAGGGAUGAUAUUUCUGAGUUCAAGGCAGGAACCAUGUCUCCAAGAAAUCAGUUAUUACGUGAGAGGGCUGCCAUACAUGGAAGUAUUGCUCAUAUUGAUGAUGUGAUUAAUCAAGCUCAAACAACAAGGGCUACAUUGGGCUCCCAGAGAACAUUGUUCGGUGCCGUUCAGGGAAAGGUGAAGCAACUUGGUGACGCGUUUCCGCAAAUUCGUUGGCUAAUAGCCUCUAUCAGGAGGAAGAAAUCAAGAGACACUCUCAUUCUGUCAGCAGUUAUUGCAGCGUGCACGCUGUUUCUAAUAAUCUAUUGGCUCUCGAAAUAGUUAGAAAUGGCAUUUGUUAAAUUACACAAAUCAAAACCACAAUAGCUUAUUUGGGAGAAUUUUGCAUUUGUAAUCUACCUAGAAAACUGUUGCUUCAUCCUUCUGAGGCCUUUAUUUUAAAUUGCUGCUUCAGUCCCAUUUUCAUAUUACCAGUG